UCAGUAUAGGAUUUUGUUUUCCCGCGAUCAGUUGCUUUGCACUAAAAUCAGUUGCUUUGCAAAAAUCUUCCUCAAAUCCCUAAUAUUGGAAAUCGAAUUCAAUAGAAAUCCCUAAUAUUUCCACGAUCCAUAGAAACUGUUCCUGUUCAUCUUCCUCCAAUCUAAUUGCUUGAACCCAACUGUUAACCCUAAUCUCCAAGAACCCAUAAAUCCUCUUCUCUCCACCAUAUACCCAGCAAUUCAAUUUUUUGGAAGUCGUACUUGUUCAUCGUCGUGCCGUCACAACUCAAACCGUGGUGGUUAUUAAGACCCUUAUGGGCUAAGGUUGAAUUGGGUGGACAAGCCUAUAUUCACAGCUGAAAUACUCAUAAUCCCCGUUUUCACAAUCACAGACAGCAGGCUGCAUAUUUUUAUCUGAAGAGAAAAAGAGAGAAAGAGAGAUGUCGGGUAUGGGAGAUGGAUAUGUGGGCACUGCCCAAGAUGCAGUCCGGAUCCGACGGCUAGAGAAACAGAGAGAAGCUGAACGUCGGAAAAUCCAAGAGCUGAAAUCCAAGUCUGCCACCUCCAAUGGUCAACCCGGUCUCCUCCAAUUUGGAUCCAGCACUUCCGAGAUUCUUGAAACUGCUUUUAAGAAAGAAACCGUUGGUCUUGUCACCCGUGAACAGUACGUUGAGAAGAGGGUUAACAUUCAGAGUAAAAUAGAGGAGGAAGAGAAGGAGAAGCUUCAGAAGCAACUACAAGAGGAGGAGGAGCUUCAACUACAGAAACGAAAGAAGAGGAAGAUCAAGGGAAAUUCUAGACUAUCAUUUUCUGAGGAUAUUAUUGACAAUGACGCUCAGGAAGAGGAGGAGCCACACCAAAGUAAUAAUAUAGAAACAAAUGGAGGAGUACGGUGUGGUAAGCUUGGUAAAGACCCCACCGUUGAAACUAGCUUUCUACCUGAUAGUGAGCGAGAGGCAGAGGAGCAAGCUGAACGUGAAAGGCUACGCAGACAGUGGCUCCGUGAGCAGGAUCAAAUUCGAAAUGAGCCUCUUCAAAUCACAUACAGUUAUUGGGAUGGAACUGGCCAUAGGCGUGUUGUCCAGGUACGCAAGGGUGACACCAUCGGAGAGUUUCUUCGAGCAAUCCAACAGCAACUUGCUCCUGAAUUCCGAGAGAUUCGAACAACCUCGGUAGAAAAUUUGCUUUAUGUGAAAGAAGACCUUAUCAUUCCUCAUCAACACAGCUUCUAUGAACUAAUUGUGAACAAAGCGAGGGGGAAAAGUGGACCGCUUUUUCAUUUUGAUGUGCAUGAAGAUGUAAGAACAAUUGCUGAUGCCACUAUAGAAAAGGAUGAGUCGCAUGCUGGAAAAGUUGUAGAAAGGCACUGGUAUGAGAAGAACAAGCAUAUAUUUCCUGCUUCAAGAUGGGAGAUUUAUGAUCCAGCAAAGAAGUGGGAACGUUAUACCAUCCAUGGGGAUUAAACUUUUGCUGCCAAAUAAUUUUACUCGGAUUUGCUGCUUCUGAGUUUUGAUCUGAUCUUCAGCUGAACUAUUAUGCCUCAAUUUCCACCUUGAAUAAUGUUGGUUUAUAAUAAUAUAAUUAGCAAUUCCGGUAUUUGGAAUGAGUGGUCUUCAUUGUAGAAACUUGGACAAGUAGUUAGAGUGGUGGCGUCAUUGGCAGCAUCAAGAGCUGAAUAAAUUUUAAUAGUUAUUAAUCUUUGUCGGAUAAUUUGUUGAACACACAAAGUGAAUUCUCCUCUCAAUUUAUUUUUUUCAUAUUUAAGAGUUGAGAUCGAAUUUCUAA